AUGCCCCUCAUCUAUUCAUUAGUUGCAAGAGGAUCUUCGGUACUUGCCGAGUUCACAAAUACAACUGGUAACUUUACUACCAUCACAAGAAGAAUAUUAGAUUUGAUUCCUCCAAAUACAGAUACAAAGAUGUCAUAUGUCUAUGAAAAAUAUAUUUUCCAUUAUUUAGUAAAUGAUUCAUUGACCUAUUUAUGUAUGGCAGAUCAAGACUUUGGUAGAAGAAUACCAUUUGCAUUUUUAGAGGAUGUCAAGAAUAGAUUCAAAUCAGUAUAUGGAGAUAAAGGAAAGACUGCCCUUGCAUAUGGCAUGAAUGCUGAUUUCUCACGAACAUUGGAAAAUUUAAUGGACUAUUACUCAAAUAAUGCUGGUGCCGACAAGUUGAGCCGUACUCAAGCAGAGGUUGAUGAAGUAAAGAAUAUAUUGGUUAGUGAUAUUGCUCCACAACUUUUAAAGCGUGGUGAAAAGAUUGAAAUAUUGGUCGAUCGUACAGAAUCACUCAAUCAACAAUCAUUCAAAUUUAAGAAACAAAGUAAACAAUUAAAAUGUGCCAUGUGGUGGAAAAAUGUAAAAUUAAUGUUAAUCAUUGCUUUGGUAGUUGCUAUUAUUAUAUUCUUUAUUGUCGUAAUGGCUUGUGGUGGUUUCUCAUUCUCAAAGUGUCGAAAGUAA